AUGGUCAAGGUCGUGGCCGUCACGCGCGGACCAACGCGGGUGGCGCCACGGCACGACGCCCCCUUCGCCGUACGCCGCGAUUACUCGGGCGUUGCAAUACACGGCUUGCUCCUUCUCAACCUCCUCGCAAUGCCCAUGAAGGCGUACGUUUCGGAGGCUUUUCCGUGGGCCCCGGUCGCCGAUGCGCCACCGUCGUUUCCCAACUAUAGCGCUUUCAAUACAUCGACGCUGGCACUUGACAUGGCCUUGUACACGCCAGCGACGUCGCUCCCAGAAGGCGCCACGUACGUGAUCGAUGCAAAAAGGAACACGCAUGUGUUUCGCCACGUCAUUCACCGCAGCACACCGCUGCGCUCGCUGGCCGAAUGCGACGACACGUUUCUUGUCGGAAUUCCUGGCAUGUUCUUCGCGGGCCCCGUGAUCCACAAGUUGCUCUGCGACUGCGCGAUGGCGCCCAACAUGACGGCGUUGCACGGCCGCGGGUCGUGCCUCUACCUCACCAUGACGUCGUUGAUGCACGGCCACGUAUGCGUCUGGAUCGUCGCCGAUGCGCCCAACGAAUCGAUUGUCUUCUACGCCUACACACCGCGGGUCUUGCCAUCGGCGUUUCUUUGGUUCAAAUUUGCCUACCUUCUGCCUGUUCCUCUCACGCUGCUGCGACGCCACGGCCAUCAACGCCAGCGUCUCUCGCCGCACACGUGGCGCUAUACAAUCGUGUGGGGCGACCCGUCCGUGCUCGUACUCGCCAACCCGUACAUUUGCAUCGGGUUUCUCAUUGAUGCAUGGCUCAGUGCGGACAUGGCCGGCCUCGCAGUCCUUCGACUCUAUCAAACGAGCGAUCGAUGGCUGCUUCUGCGCUCUAGUUUGUAUCUCUCGCGCGUGGUGUGGGCAGCGUACGCGGCCUUGUGCGCGACCAACGCGGCCUUGAAACGCUGGAAGCGAGAGCACUUGUUUUCGCCAUUGGACCCGACCGUCGCCGUGAUACUUGUCACGGUGUUUUGCGUCAGCAUCUCGUGGCUGAGCCAGAACGUCGGUGUCUUCUUGAAGACAAUGCGCUAUCUCUAUGAGCUCGCAGGAUCGACGGGCGAGUCAACCGAUAUCUUUGUGGGAUGCUCAGCCUUCACGCUCGCCAUUCCGCUGGUACCGCUAGGCCACGGCUUUCUCCGGUCGCUCGCGGCCACGAACUCGGUCGGCCCUUCUUCGUACAGCAGCUUUCGCUACAAAAACUUGAAGAAUCGCGUCUGGAGUCGCAUGACGCGCUGCUGGCAGCGCCGACCCGAGCCUCGCGUCGCGCUCGGCGGUACCAUGCACGCGCUACGUCCGCGCUUCAAGACAUGCGUGACGAUGGACUGGCACGCGACGGACUGCUUUGUCUUGUGCUACUGCAACGACGUCUUGGACACGACGCUCCGCGUUGGGCUCCUCAAUGCCCUUGAUCGGCGUGAGUCGGACCCCGAAGGCUCCAUCACCACGUCGUGCGCGCCGUCCGAGUAUGGUGUUUUCCAGCUGCGCUGCUUACCAAUACCGGGCACCCACAGUCUCUCAGCACCCGCGACGCCGUCGGCCUGGUGUCUGUAGCUGUUCUCAGGGUAUUGUCUUACUCGUGAUGGCAAUGACAUCAGUAUGCACCCGAGACGUGAUUUUGAUUAUUUUCUGUAAAUAUACACUCAGAUUGCCCCG